AUGUCUACGACGCAUAAGAAAACGGAUUCCGACAAUGUAUCAGGAUCUUGCCUCUAUGACCUCUUAUGUUUAGAAAAUAAAGAAAAUUGGAGCUGCUUGUUUCGACAGUCACAAUAUGACAGCGCACAACAAAAGCUGGCAGAAUUUAUCAAUGAAUCGGGUAAUAUGUUCUGUGCAGAUUGUGGAACCCCAGAUCCGAGAUGGGUAUCUGUAAGUUUUGGAGCAUUUAUCUGCAUCAAGUGUUCAGGAGCACAUAGAAGCCUUGGUGUUCAUAUAUCAAAAGUGUUAUCAGUGAAUCUAGAUGAGUGGACACAUGAAGAAGUCAAUUGUGUAAUAAAAUGUGGUGGUAAUGCGAUUGUGAAUUCGAAAUACGAAGCCUGCAUUCCUUACAACUGUAGAAAACCAAGACCGGAUUCUUCUAUAGAAGAGCGCUUGGAGUUUAUCAGGAAAAAAUAUGAGCAGCAACAAUUUUUGAACUCCAAUAAACAGAUAUGUCUUCAACAAUGUCCAUCAUCGUCCUUGCAGUGCGCUUCAACAAACUUCAUUGGUGCUAUCAUGGACAAGAAGAACUCAAACAGUAUCCGUAUGCAAAGUAUUGGCCAAGCAUUUCGCAACAGCUGGAGAAGAAAAGAGGCUGAAAACAAGGUUCCUGCUAAGACGAGUAACUCGACGGCAGGUAUGGUUGAAUUUAUUGGUCUGAUAAAGGUCAAUGUGGUCAGAGGCACCAACCUAGCUGUCCGAGAUAUGAUGACGAGUGAUCCUUAUGUGAUCCUAUCGUUGGGAAACCAAUCAGUGAAGACACGGGUUAUAAAGAGCAACCUUAACCCUGUAUGGAAUGAAAAGUUAAUGUUAUCAAUCCCUGAUAACAUUCCUCCUUUGAAAGUGAUUGUUUAUGACCGGGAUACAUUCAAAGCUGAUGACUUUAUGGGUGAUGGUGAGAUCGACAUCCAACCGUUGCUCUCUGCCGCCAAAGCAUCCGAGAAGUCCGACCCCAACGAGUCAUCAAUAGAACUCGCAAAAUGGGUAGCAAGCAAAGACAACAAAGACAACACCGUUGCGAAAGAUGGUGUGAUCACACUGGCAAAAGGGGUUGUAAAGCAAGAGAUCGCUCUCAAACUCCAAAAUGUCGAAAAGGGUGUGCUACAAAUGGAGCUUGAAUGCGUUCCACUUACCCAAUAGCAGUGCCACAACGGUCGUCAACAAAGACUGCUUAAAACUUGGAUCAAGAUUAUGAAGAGCGGUAGAGCGAUUUGAUUGAUUCACACGCAGCAUCGCCUGCUGACGGGAAACUGUGAUCCGACUUCGUAGCGAAAAUAACGGUAUAUAAACUUAUACUUGGCUUUUGUCAAGAAUCAUGGUUCAGUGAUUAGUGUGAUCAAUUUUAUGCACCUGUUAUUGAUGUAUCAUAUUUUGA